AGGGUGCGGCCGUGGGUGUUCGCCUCGCUGGCGUCCGGGUUGCGGGUCGUCUCCCGGAGAACUCGGGCCGCUCGGCCUUGAGGACGUGACAACAAGGGAGGUGUCAGAGUUUUCCAAUUAGAUCAACUUCAAAUUGUUAGCAUGGAAAAUUCAGAGAAGACAGAGUUGGUUCUCCUUGCUUGUGGUUCCUUUAAUCCUAUCACCAACAUGCACCUCAGGUUGUUUGAACUGGCCAAGGACUACAUGAAUGGAACAGGAAAAUAUAAAGUUAUCAAAGGCAUAAUUUCUCCUGUCGGCGAUGCCUAUAAGAAGAAAGGACUCAUCUCUGCCCAUCACCGAGUUUUCAUGGCACAACUUGCCACCAAGAAUUCAGAAUGGGUGGAAGUUGAUACGUGGGAAAGUCUUCAGAAGGAGUGGGUAGAGACUGCUAAGGUGCUAAGACACCAUCAAGAAAAGCUGGAGGCCGGUAGCUGUGAUCACCAGCAGGGCUCACCUGUGCUGGAAAGGCCUGGACGGAAGAGGAAGUGGGCUGAACAAAGACAAGAUUUUAGUCAUAAGAAAUCCCUAGAGCCAAAAACAAAAGGUGUGCCAAAGGUAAAGCUGCUGUGCGGGGCAGAUUUAUUGGAGUCCUUUGGUGUUCCCAAUCUAUGGAAGAGGGAGGAUAUCACCCAAAUUGUGGGAGACUAUGGGCUUGUAUGUAUUACUCGGGCUGGAAAUGAUGCUCAGAAAUUCAUCUAUGAGUCCGAUGUGCUGUGGAAACACCAGAACAACAUUCACCUGGUGAAUGAAUGGAUCACCAAUGACAUCUCAUCCACAAAGAUCCGGCGAGCCCUCAUAAGGGGCCAGAGCAUUCGCUACUUGGUACCAGAUGUUGUCCAAGAAUAUAUUGAAAAGCAUAAUUUGUAUAGCUCUGAGAGUGAAGAGAGGAAUGUUGGGGUUAUUCUGGCUCCUUUGCAGAGAAACAUUGCAGAAGCUAACUCAUAAGAAAUUCUAUAGCCUGGUAUUUUGGACUUCCUUUUUGGGAAUUUGAAACAAUCUGGGUGUUUGUAACUGGGGAAAGGAAUUGUGAUCCUGUUUCAUAAACUAAAGCUUAAAAGUUUGGUAAAAAAAUCAGUAGUAAAUGAAAAUCAGGCUUGUC